UCCGUCCCCCUCCUACCUCUCCUUCUCCACUUCCUGUGUCUUUCUCUCUGUCUGUCUCAGCCCCUGCCCGUCUCUGUUCCUACCUCUCUCCCUCAGCCUCUGCCUCAGCCUCGGUCUGUAUCCCUCUGCCUCCGCUGAGGGUAUUUUCCACCCCGCCAGCCUCCUCCUCCUCCUUUCUUUCACCCUCGGCACACAGACAUCCGGGCACCGGCGGAGCACCACGGGAGCUGAUGCAGAUAUACCGCCGCCUGAUUCCGGCUCCGGAUCGGGCUCGGGAUCCGCCGCGGCCGAUCGGCAACAGGGCGAACAGAGCAAAGUGUGGGGCCGGGGCCCGGGCCGGGACCGGGAACGGGAGCGGGACGAGGAUCGGGAGCGGUGAACCCUGACCUCGCCCCUCCCCCAAGUCCCCACCUCCCCGGACCCCCACCCUCACAAACCUCCCAGUGCCUCCCCCUCCCUCUCCACUCCCGACACCGGGACCCGAAACUGAAAUUAAUUCCGUCCUUGGAAAAAAUUUAAAAAAAUUGGCGCCCCUGACCCCUGACCCCGGGACAGGAAGUGCGGCGCAGCAUGGCCGGCAGUGGGGUUGGAGCGCUGGGCGGAGCUGAAUUGAUGUCGGCUGCACAGGCACUCUCUCUGCCGGCAGACGCCUAUGGCAAUGAUGCCAAUGUUGAAAUGAUGUGGGCGAUGAAGGCCUAUCAACACGCUGAGAUCUACUUCAAUCUCAUUUCUUCAGUUGACCCACGAUACCUUAGACUGACUAAAGAAGAUGAUCUGAUCUACACAGAGUUCAGAAAGCGAUUCAAUGACAUGAAGGUCGAUGUCCUUGAUCCAGAGGAACUGAAAUCUGAGUCUGCCAAACUGGCCUGGCGUCCAUUCUGCAUGCAGUUUGAGGGGCUGGUUGAAGACUACAACUUUGGGACACUCCUACGGUUGGACUGCUCCAAGGACUAUGUGGAGGAAAACACCAUAUUUGCUACCAGGAUCCAGUUCUUUGCAAUAGAAACUGCCCGGAACAGAGAAGGAUACAACACACAUCUGUUUGAAAGAUCUGCAAAAUCAAAAGGAAUCAAAGGUGCUGAAGGAAAGAACUCAAACUGUACAAAGCUGAUGGGAGACAGAGACCCAGUGGCUACAUAACAUGUUCGUUAUACACGGAAUUAAACCACAGAGGGACAUGGGACUCUUCAGCAGCUGGGGCAGCACUGGUCACGGUAAUGGCAGACUCAAGACAGAGCUGGGUGAAGAACAACGGUCUUUAAAAAUUGAGAGAGCUCAUCUAUAAUUGAUGACUUCUAUCUGCUUCUGACUGCUGGUGUUGGGAGAGGAAGGGAACAUCAUUGAGACCUCGGCACCGUGAAGCCCAGUGACCAUUGACCGUCAGGAUACAGACAGAUCACACUCAGUACAAACCACUGAAGUUUUAUUUGCAGCCACAAUGCUUACACUAGAUGCAGCAAACAUUCGUACAUACCAACCAGUUACCUGAUCACGCAACAAUUUGGAAAUGUGUUUAGUCAGAACAAUAAAAAUAUAGAAUCCA